AACACGCAGACCCACAGAGAAGCCUGCACAGCCUGCCAUUCCGGUUUCCUAUAGCUGUGCCCAGGAGGCAGUGCAGAGGGAGGCGCGGGAUCUAGGAGGCACCUGCCCCACCCACCAUCCUUUGGAUUCCUACCUGCACUGCCAGGUAGGACACGGCAGUGUGGUCCCACUGUGGUGUCACCUAGAAGGAUCAGCAGAGGCAAGCGAGGGCCUGCUUAAAAGAGGAGCCACACAUUCGGAACCAGAAUGUCUGCUACGGACCCAGGCUCAGAGCCCUCUCUGGGGGUGGACACCUCUGAGGACACACUGCGGAGGCUGCGGGAGGCUUUCAACACAGGGCGAACUAGGCCUGCUGAAUUCCGGACGGCACAGCUACAGGGCCUGGGCCGCUUCUUGCAGGACAACAAGCAGCUGUUGCAGGAUGCACUGACCAAGGACCUGGGCAAGUCAACCUUAGAGUCAGACAUAAGUGAGAUCAUCCUGUGCCAGAAUGAGGUGGACCUGGCCCUCAAGAACCUGCAGCACUGGAUGAAGGACGAGUCUGUGUCCACCAACUUGCUCACGAAGCUGAGUUCAGCCUUCAUCCGGAAGGAGCCCUUUGGCCUGGUACUCAUCAUUGCACCCUGGAACUAUCCUUUGAACUUGAUGAUCCUGCCCCUAGUGGGGGCCAUCGCUGCAGGGAACUGCGUGGUACUGAAGCCAUCAGAGGUAAGCAAGAACACAGAGAAGGUGCUGGCUGAGCUGCUGCCCCAGUAUCUGGACCAGAGCUGUUUUGCUGUGGUGCUGGGUGGGCCCGAGGAGACCGGGCAGCUGCUGACACACAGAUUUGACUAUAUCUUCUUCACGGGGAGUCCUCGUGUUGGCAAGAUCGUGAUGGCCGCUGCUGCCAAACACCUGACGCCCAUCACCCUGGAGCUGGGGGGUAAGAACCCCUGCUUUGUGGAUGACAACUGUGACCCCCAGACUGUAGCCAACCGUGUGGCCUGGUUCCGCUACUUCAAUGCUGGACAGACCUGUGUGGCCCCCGAUUACAUCCUUUGUAGCCAGGAGAUGCAGGAGCAGCUGGUGCCUGCCCUGCAGAAUGCGAUCACACGUUUCUAUGGAGAUAACCCACAGACCUCCCCUGACCUGGGCAGAAUCAUCAAUCAGAAACAUUUCAAGCGGCUCCAGGGAUUGCUGGGCUGUGGCCGUGUGGCCAUUGGUGGCCAGAGUGAUGAGGGAGAGCGCUACAUUGCACCCACGGUGCUGGUAGACGUGCAGGAAUCAGAGCCAGUGAUGCAGGAGGAGAUCUUCGGGCCCAUCCUGCCCUUGGUGACGGUGAGAAGCCUGGAUGAGGCCAUCGAUUUUAUUAACCAGCGAGAGAAGCCACUAGCCUUGUAUGCCUUCUCCAACAAUGACCAGGUGGUGAAUCAGAUGUUGGAGCGUACCAGCAGUGGUGGCUUUGGAGGCAAUGAUGGUUUCCUCUACCUGACUCUACCCACCCUGCCUCUGGGGGGAGUUGGCAACAGUGGAAUUGGCAGGUACCACGGCAAGUUCUCCUUUGAUACCUUUUCCCAUCAGCGUGCCUGUCUGCUGCGCAGCCCCGGGAUGGAAAAGCUUAAUGACCUCCGUUACCCACCUUAUGGUCCCUGGAACCAGAAGUUGCUGAGCUGGGCCAUGGGUUCCCAGAGCUGCAUCCUCCUAUAAGCAUCACCUUGACCCCUCCCUGCUGCCCAGACCCUGACCUUCCUGAGAUUUUCAGCUGCCCCCACAUCCCCAGUGGUUCCCAAAAGGCCUGUGAACACCCCACUUCUGGAACUUUUUCUGAACAGACCUGAAGCCAGGCAGGACCUCCAGGUGGCUGGUCCAGUCCCUUCCUGAGCACAGCCCCCUCAGAAGCCUCCUGACCCUCUGCCUAGGCAGGUCUGCUGACAGAGAAGCCCCCUCCCCAAGGUUGGGCCGAUCUGGUGGCUGAGGAGGACUUUCUUUGUCAGAACAUAGACAGGGUCCCAAAAGACAGAGCAGAGGCUCACAGCUCCAUCCACAUCUGAGGGUUGCUUUGUCCCAUCUGAAGUGACAUGAUCUUGAGCCCGUAUCAGAUUAAUUGGUGGAAUCUG